AUGGAUCUGCUGCGUGUUCAAAUCCCUCAUGAAGAUCCGUUGGUGGUCAGUUUGACAGUGGCAGAAUGCCUGGUGCGAAGAGUUCUGGUCGAUCCCGGAAGCAGUGUGAAUGUCAUGCCGAGGGACACAUUUGAUCGGCUUGAGAUCAAGCUGAAAAAGCUCAAGCCCACCGGAAAUCCCUUGUUAGGAUUUGAUGGCAAGAGGGUGGAGCCCAUCGGUAUGGUAGAAGUGGAAGUACAAGCUGCGGUGAGAGUUUUUAAGGAAAGUUUUGUCGUUAUUGAGAUUCACCCCUCGUAUAAUCUCCUGAUGGGUAGAGGUUGGAUUCACAGAGUCCAAGGUGUACCCUUAACUUUGCACCAAGUUAUGAGAUGCCUCAGACCCGAUGGAAACAAGGUGAUUGAUAUUCAUGGGGAUUAG